AUGUCAUUCCAGUGUCCGCAAUCGACAUGCUCUGCUUACAUCAGGGGUCUAGGAGAUUUGAAGGGAUACCAAUUUCCGAAUGGAGUCCAGCAAUAUUGCGGUAUUCCUUACGCUGUCCUGGCCAAACGAUGGACUCGUUCACUCCUCAAAACUUCAUGGGCAGAUGGUUUUCAUGAUGGAACCAAGCUUGGAGAUACAAUACCAACAAAAUUUAUCCUCAGGAACGACUGUCCCCGACCUGAAUCCAGUGGAGAGAAUGAUAGUGACGAACUUGUACCUGUACCUCCGGCACCUCACUUCCCGGGUAAACCUACAGUGGAUGAACUGUCAGGCCUAGUAAUGAAUAUUGUCUUGCCGGCUGCUGCUGCUACCUCUGCGAAGAAGUUUCCAGUCAUGGUAUACGUCCACGGCGGGUCAUUGUUAUACGGCGGUGCCAAUCUUCCUAUUUUCGAUGCUGUCAACUUGGUAUCUCAGAGUGAAAAAAUGGGCCUGCCGAUCGUAUGCGUUAAUUUUAAUUACCGUGUUGGCCUGGGAGGCUUCCUGGCCUGCCUGGCUAUCCAGCGAGAGUUGGAGCAGGAGGGCUUUGCAGGAUGUGGCAAUUUUGGCUUCACUGAUCAACAAGUAGCCUUCGAAUGGGUACAGCGAUAUAUCUCGGAUCUAGGCGGCGAUCCUGCUCGGGUGACGGCAGUGGGAGAGUCUGCUGGAGGCAUUUCCAUCAGUCAUCAAAUGUGCGCUGCUCGCCCGCCAGUCUUUCACCGAGCAGUGUGCAUGUCUGGAUUGAGCAUGGCAAUUCCAGCAUGGAGAAUAGAGCAACACGAAAAACUAUUUGAGGCUACAUGUCGCCACUUUGAUAUCGACCCGGCUGAAGCGAGCGUAUUGGAGCUUUUACGCAAUAUACCUCAGCAAGAGCUGGCUAACGCAACCCCACUAAUCCAGGGGGUGAUAUCAGGUACGGGGAACGCAUGCAUCGAUGGCUGGUUCUAUGCAAGAAAUCCCCAAGAAAUUAAUAAUCCACCAUCGUGGGUGGAAGCAUUCAUGCUUGGGGAUACCUAUCACGAAGGAGUCAUCUUUCACCUCAAUAUAGCAGACGACUCUUAUGACUUUAUCCGGCAGACGCUAUUAGAGUAUUUGAACGAUGAGCGAACGGUAGACCGGAUUCUAAGCGCAUACAAUAUCGAACCAGACAUCGCACAAGAUGUUUUAGUCCAGCGAGUAGAGCAUAUGUACGGAGAUGCUAUCUUCAAGAUUCCAAACUACGCUGCUGCUAUGGCUAUAUCCCGUGAUAGGCCUGACUUACAUUACUUCUAUCACUUUGACCAGCGGUCAAUGAUCCCAAACAGCUUUGAGGGAACGGCAUAUCAUGCUUACGAAUUGUUGUACCUGUUUAGAAAUCUGGAGAAUGAGUUUAGUCCUGAUGAAAUCACCAUGGCCCGAGACUUUGCAGCGUCAUGGAUCCGCUUUAUUAAUGGUGAAAUUCCUUGGAAGACUGAUUUUAAGUGCCGCCAAUGGAAAGUUUGGGGCCCCAACAGCCAGCAAAAGGUUCUAAAUGAGACUGAGGAUGAAAAUGUGCGGCUAUAUUCGCGAAUGGCCCGAAUUCUCGAGAUGGGAAAUGGUCAGGUAUGGAAGAAAUGGCUCAAUGGUGUGGACGCAUUGGUUAAUAAACGCAUGCGGAUGGGAAGAAGGACUACGGCCUGA